AUGGCAGACGACAUCCACGGCACAAAGGAAUUCGAUCCUGAAUCCGCCCAUAACCAACGCAUCACCUUCCAAGACGGUCCUGACCGCGACACCGAAGCAAACCGUCUCGGCCGCACUCGCUCCCGCUCCCUCUCCCGCCGUCGCUCCCACUCCAGCUCGCGAAGCCGUAUCCACCCUGCGUCCCCUUACUCAGGCUACCAGAUCGAGUACCGCACCCUCUCCAUCCAAGUCACCGAAGCCAAACAGGUCGAGCCCGAUAUCGACGACUCCAAGGGUCUCAAACCAAAGACCGACGAGGAUUACUUCUCCAAGCUUCAGUACCAUGAGUUGCAGGCUGAGCAGCUGUGUCAGCAGCUCAACGUGAGCGCUGAUGCUGGUCUUUCUGAGAGUGCUGCUGCGACGAGGUUGGAGCGCGAUGGAAAGAAUACGCUGCCUCAUCCCAAGACGAAUUACAUCAAGCGCACCCUGAAAUACAUCUUUGGUGGUUUCUGUUCCGUUCUUUGGGUUGGAGCCAUCAUCUUCUUUCUCUGCUGGCAGCCUCUCAGCAAACCGCCCUCGAACCAAAACCUGUCUCUCGCCGUUCUCAUCCUCAUCGUCAUCUUCCUCCAGGCUGGUUUCUCCGCCUUUCAGGAUUGGUCUACCGCCAAGACCAUGAACUCCAUCCUCGACCUUCUCCCAUCUUUCGCAACGGUCAAGCGUGACGGCGAACUCAAGAGCUUGGCUACCAUUAACCUUGUCGCUGGCGAUGUCGUCCAUCUCCAAGUCGGCGAUAAGGUCCCUGCUGAUCUCCGCAUCAUCAGCCACUCCGGCGACAUCCGCUUCGACCGUUCCGUCCUCACUGGAGAGUCUGAUGAGAUUGAGGGUGCGGUUGAUGCAACUGACGCCAACUUUCUCGAGAGUCGAAACAUUGCUUUCAUGGGUACUACUGUCAUGAACGGUAACGGUGUUGGUAUAGUUAUCCUCACUGGUGGCCGAACUGUCAUGGGUCGCAUCGCGACUUCUACCUCUGGCGUCAAAGACUCUGCAGCUCUCAUCCAGCAGGAAAUAACUCGCUUCGUAACGAUCAUUGUUUGCAUGACUAUUGUCCUUGCACUUGCCAUUCUCCUCACUUGGGUUGGCUGGCUCCGCGUUGAUCACCAAGACUACAUGAGUGUUCCAGCAAUGCUUGUCAACGUCAUGGCUUGUGUCGUCGCUUUCAUCCCCGAGGGUAUGCCUGUAGCUGUUGCGCUGACACUCAUGAUGGUGGCUCGUCGCAUGAAGGCCGUCAACGUCUUGCCCAAGGGUCUAUCAACCGUCGAGACCUUGGGCUGCGUCAAUGUCAUAUGUUCAGACAAGACCGGUACUCUCACUCAGAACCAAAUGUUUGUCAGCUCCGUUGCCUUUGUCGACAAGAAGUUUGAAUCUUCGGAUGAAUUCGAGUACCUCGUCAACAGCAAGGAAGGCGACGAACCUUCCAUGGCUCUUCAACGCGCCGCUCUUCUCUGCAACGAUGCAUCUUUCGACCCCACAACUGUCCAUCUUCCCAUACAGGAGCGUUCUAUCAUGGGUAACGCCACAGACAGCGCCGUCUUCCGCUUCUCCGCUUCUGGUCCUACUGGCGAUAGUCUCCGAAAGACCAUGCCUCGCGUCUUCGAAGUUCCCUUCAACUCCAAGAACAAGUGGAUGUUGACCGUCUUCCGGUCCGAAGACAACAGAGGUGCUUACCGGGUUAUCAUCAAGGGUGCUCCUGAUAUCCUCCUCGCUGGAUGCACCAAGUACUGGUCCGCCGAGUCCAACUCCGUCGUCACUCUUACCCGCGACGCACGCAUCAAGUUCCAGGAGAUCCAAGACGAAGCUUCCCGCCGCGCUGAACGUGUCAUUGUUCUUUGCGAAAAGUUCAUCACUCCUCGCUCUGUCGCUGGCACAAACAGUUUUAGUGACGAGAUCACUCACUCUGCCAUCCAAGACCUCACCGUUAUUGGUAUGCUCGGCAUCAUCGACCCCCACCGUCCCGAAAUCCCAGCCACAGUUGAGCAGUGUCGACGCGCUGGAACUCGUUUCUUCAUGGUUACCGGUGACUACGCUUUGACAGCUGCCGCAAUUGCUCGCAACACUGGUAUCUUCUCAUGCCAACAGGACCCUGACACCAUUGACUCUCUCUACCCCGGUACUCCCUCAAGUAACGAGGAAAAGAAGAGCAAGAAGCCACGAAAGGGUGACCGUGCUGAAAUCAUCAAGCGAAGUCUCUUGCUCGAGGGUGCCCAGCUGAGCAGACUCAGCCAGGAGGAUUGGGAUAUCGUCUGUGCCUAUGAGGAGAUUGUCUUUGCUCGAACUACGCCUGAACAGAAGCUUCGUAUCGUCACUGAGCUACGUGAGCGCGACAACGUUGUUGCUGUCACUGGUGAUGGUGUUAACGACGCCCCCGCCCUUCGAGCUGCUGAUGUCGGUGUUGCAAUCGUUACCGGAAGUGACGUCGCCAUUGAAGCAUCUGAUCUUGUCCUCCUCGACCGCUUCGACUCCAUCGUCGAUGGUAUGCGUCUCGGUCGUCUCGUGUUCCAGAACUUGCAGAAAGUCAUCUCUUAUCUUCUUCCCGCCGGUAGUUGGUCUGAGAUCUGGCCCGUUAUUCUCAACGUCUUCUUUGGUGUUCCUCUCCCUCUCAGCGCUUUCCUCAUGAUCAUCAUUUGUGUCUUUACCGAUCUUUUCCUCAGUCUGUCGCUUAUCAUGGAGAAGGAGGAGUUCGAUCUUCUCUCUCUUCCUCCCCGCAACCACAAGCGCGAUCAUCUCAUCAACACCAAGAUUUACACACAAGCCUACCUAUUUACCGGUUUCAUGGAGACUAUCACUGCUCACGCCAUGUUUUUCCUUUACAUGUGGAGAUACGCCAAGAUGCCUGUGUCGGAGCUCUUCCUUCUGUUUGAAGGUUACUCAGAGGGUUAUCACGGCUACACUAAAGACGAGCUCAUCAAGUUCAACAACACCGGACAGUGCGUUUACUUUGUUACACUCGUCUUCCUUCAAUGGGGUAACAUCCUCGCUGUGCGAAACCGUCGCUUGAGUAUCUUCCAGGCUAGUCCUUUGCACAAAGCUCAUCGCAACCCUUGGCUUAUUCUCAGCAUGCUUAUCAGCUUGUGUAUUGCUAUCUUUGUCACCGAGGUACCUGGUAUUCAGAAAUUGUUUGAUACAGAGUCUGUGCCGAUUGAGUUUUGGUUCAUUCCUAUUCCUCUCGGACUGGGUAUCUUGUUGGUGGAUGAGAUUAGAAAGUUCUUUGUGAGAAAGUAUCCAGAGUCUUUCAUUGCUAGAAUAGCUUGGUAG